CUGACCGUCUACCUCUGAUCACACGGCCCAGAUAUAGAAGCGCAGAAUCCUCUCCCCUUCCGGCCAGACCUCCGGGCUCGCGGCGGAAAUGGGCGGCGGCGCCGGCGAGCCGCCGAUGUUCUGGCGUAUCUUCCUCGACAGCCUCCCCCUGCCGAUACCGUCCCCUCGACCUCCCCCUCUGGGUGUCGGGCGCGCCCCCGUUGCCGUCGCGUCAGUGGCACGGUCCGCACAACACACAGAGCGUCGGCUGCAUCGCCGGGCGCAUGCGACGCGUUACAGGUUUCCAGCACAACCGGUCGGCGUCGUCAGAAGAAGAAGAACAAGCAUGUCUCCGCGACCCGCGUUUGGUACUUGGUAUGCUAUCUUAGUCUGAAGUUCGCCAUUGACAUUGACUCAAUUUGUUUAUGCAUCAGUUGCGCAGUCUGCCAAUCGUAGAUGCAUCCAAGUACACAAUCACACAGGGACGACCUAACUGAAGAAUAUGUCCUUUUUGUCAUACCGGAUCUGUCCUUAUUUUAUGGUUGUUCAACAAUCAACGUAUGCGGCGGCAUCUCUUCUUAUAUUACAUUCUUUGUUCAACAAUAACUAGCAUCCACUGCAUUUCAGCGUCUCGUUGAACGGUAGUAGUCAGUAAUCAGUAAACGUUCUGUAAAGGUUAGCCAUCAAUAAAUUAUCGAGGAAUUAGAGAAGCAACUUUUUUAAGCAUAGAUUAGUAAAGCCGAAAUUUGUGGGCAAGUAGGUUGUGCAGUUGAGCUUGGGUUGAGUUCAGGCAAGAAAAUUUAGAAGAUAGGCUGUAGUAUAGGCUGUUUGGACUUUGGAAUCGAUCUGUCCAACACUUUGAUAUUUUGUGAUGAUUAGAUGCAUUCCCUGUGAUUAUGUGCUUACAUUUUUAUUCUCAUCAAUCCUUUCAAAGUAGCUUGCUAUCGCCAUCAGACUAUCACCUGUGAUUAUGAUUUACAUUUAAUUUUAGCGAUCCACGGCUUUAUGCUGAACUGUAACAAUCAAACUUUACUAUGCGCACUUGUUUGCUAGCUAAAGUGAUAUAUGUGCCUAUAUCCCCUAUUUAUCUAUUCUAUAUAGCUUUCAGCAACUUUCUUCUUUAUACUAUUGUUACUAUAGUCUAUAGUCCUUCCGGUAGUUUGCCAACCUACCUAUCGCCUAAUUUUGUUCCUAUUAUGAACCUGUAUUUCUCUUGUUGGAUAAUCUGAAGUACCUAACCUGAGCUCUUAUUAAGCUGAGUUUCAGGACUGAUGCCAGUCUGCUAGUCACCAAGAUUGAUCUUCCUUUGUCAUGUUUCUCUCAGUGACAUCAGUAGCUUCAUUAGGCCUUUUAUGUGAUAAAUAACUGCAAUUUUUAAAUAGGGAUCACCAAACCCAUAUGGCCAUAUAGAAGAGCUGUAUAAAUUCCUAACACUUUGCUUGGUCUAGUUUGUUUGCAUUCAUCUAUCAUACAGUGGUACAGGGAACAAGACAGGGUUCCAGUGCUGGAGGGGAGAGGAGGCAGCAAAAGGCUCGCUCUGUAACUUACUCUACAUGAAGUCACUGUAGAGUUCAGAUCUUGGAGCUUCCAGUUACUAGUACAGCUCUACAGUCAUGUUGCUGGUAGUCAGUGGUGAUGUCAGGCAGCAGAACUUCAAUGAGUCAGGCGCGGCCAUAAUGGAGCGUCAAACAGCACGAAGGACCCCAAGUAGUGUGACACAGAUGCCAGAAUUUCCACCUGCUUGUGUUAACCUUGCUAAAGAGCUCACUGCAAGAUGCAGAGCCAGAGCACUGCAACUUACGGAUGAUGAGAUAUUGAGCAUAACACAAGACUUGGAAAGUGUCAUCGAGAAUUUAUGUGAUUAUAUUGGCAGGGUACCUACAUCAGCACUUGGCAGCAAUGCUUACACAGAUGGUGCGGUCAAAGCACUCUCAGUGAGGGGCUUCUUAGAGGAUGAUAUGCUGACAAAUGCAGUGAACAGCAUGCCUAAUAGGAAGUAUUUCCAUGACAGCAACAUGCCAAGGCUAGUGGAAUUUCUGCAGGGAAUGUACCAUGAAUCCGAUGAAUUUGGAGGCCACUUGUUCAGCUCUCUCCCAGAGGUCUCAGAAUACAUUGAACCACUGUAUGAUGCACUCUUCUGUCCACUGACAAAUCAGGUAAUGACUGAUCCUGUGUUAACGGAGAGCGGUGUGACAUAUGAAAGGAGAGCCAUAGAGGAACAUUUUGAGAGGUUUGCUGAUAGUUCUGAAAAUGUCAUAUGCCCUGUCACAAAAAUGCCAUUGCAAAGCAAGACAUUGAUGAACAAUGCUUCCCUGAAGAGCGUGAUUGCAGAAUGGACAAUGAGGAAUGAGGCAAUGCGGAUCAGGAUUGCCCGCACUGCGCUCUCACUGUCAAGUACGGAGGCUAUGGUGCUUGAGGCCAUACAUGAGCUGAAGUCGUUGGCAAAGCUGAGGGGGAAAAAUAGGGAGCAGAUGCAUAAGAUUGGGGUCACCAGGCUCUUAGCACGGUUGUUGGACAACCACAAUGUGCAGAUUCGGCAUAGCGCGCUGGAGCUUCUGUGCUUUUUAGUUGAGGAUGAAGAAGGAAAGGAUAUCAUUGGAAAAACUAAGGCCAUUGCCCGGACAAUUAAGCUCUUGUCAACUAAUGGCACCGAUGAAAGGCAUGCAGCCAUCUCUUUCUUGCUGGAGCUUUCAAAGUCACAGCUAUUGUUGGAGGAUAUUGGGUCAACUGCUGGAAGUAUCCUGAUCCUCACCACAAUGAGGAUAAAUGAUUCUGAUGAUCCAAUUGCUGCUCAGAAAGCUGGAGAGGUCCUAAAGAACCUAGAGAAAUGUUCAAAGAACAUCAAGUACAUGGCUGAAAGUGGCUAUCUAGAACCCCUUCAGAGUCAUCUUGUUGAAGGUUCAGAAGAGAUGCAAAUGGAGAUGGUCGGCUACCUAGCCGAGCUAAUCCAAGAGCAGGAGCUCACCAUUGACAUCAACGGAAGCACGUCGGGGGUCCUCAUCAAGAUGGUGCACAGCUGCAACACCGUGGCGCGUAAGGCCGCGCUCGACGUCCUUGUCCAGCUUUCCUCUCACCGCCCCAACAGCAAGACGCUCGUCGAGGCAGGCGUCGUCCCGGUCAUGGUGGAGGAGCUCUUCAUCCGAAAGGUAGACGACGAGCCGCUCAGCUACAAGGCCAUGGCCGCCGCCGUCCUCGCCAACGUCGUCGAGUCCGGCAUUGAUCCGGACAACACCGUGGUGAACAAGGAAGGCCACGUCCUCACGUCCAAGUACUCCAUCUACAACUUCGUCCACAUGCUCAAGUGCUUCAUGCCCGACGAGCUCAACCUCAGCAUCAUCCGUGUCCUGCUCGCGCUCACCGCGCACGCCAAGGCGCUCGCCGCCGUGGUCUCGGUCGUCAGGGAGAACCACCGGGGCCACUCCAUCGUGGAGCUCAUGAGCUCCUGGACGGAGGCGCUCGGCGUCGCCUCGACGAGGCUGCUCAUCACCCUGUCCGCGCACAUGGGGCACACCAUCGCCGAGAGGCUCUGCAAGACGCAGGGCCAGCCGAGGAGGCUGGUCAGGAGCAUCUUCCGCGCCGGCCGCGCCGCCAUCACCGAGCGGCACGCCGCCGCGGUGACGCUCCUGUCGAGGCUACCGUACCGGAACGUCUCGCUCAACCUGGCCCUCGUGCAGGAGGGCGCCGUGCCGGCGAUACUGCGCGGGAUCGAGGAGAUGGGGAGCGGCGCGGCGAGGAUGACGACGAGCAGGCACGCCGCGCCGUACAUGGAGGGCCUCGUGGGCACGCUCGUGCGGCUCACCGCGACGCUGUACAACCCGGACGUGCUCAAGGCGGCCAUGGACCACGACUUCGCCUCGGUGCUCACCGCCCUCCUCGCCGGAGCAGCCGGUAGCGGCGAGGUGCAACGGCUCGCCGCCGUGGGGCUCGAGAACCUCAGCUACCAUUCCAUCAAGCUGUCCCGGCCUCCGCCGCCGCCGGAGGACGAGCCGCGGCCAAAGAAGAUGACCAUACUCAAGCGCCUGAAAGACGCAAGGGUGCAUAACCAUAGCAGCAGCAAGAACCCACCGCUGAACGUCUGCCCGGUGCACCGUGGCGUGUGCACGCCGGCGACGACAUUCUGCCUCCUCGAGGCCGGCGCCGUCGAGGGCCUCCUCGCCUGCCUGGAGAACGACGACGCCCGUGUCGUGGACGCGGCGCUGGGAGCGCUGUGCACGCUCGUCGACGACAGGGUGGACGUCGAGAAGGCCGUGGUCGCCCUCGCCGGACAGGGCGCGGCGAGGCGCGUGCUCGCGGCGCUGAGGCAGCACAGGGGGAACAGCCUGUGGCACAGGUGUUUCUCCGUGGUGGAGAAGCUGCUGGUGCACGGGGACGACGUGUGCGUGAGGGAGGUGACCGGCGACAGGAUGCUGCCCACGGCGCUGGUGAGCGCAUUCCACCGCGGCGACGCGAACGCCAAGCAGGCGGCCGAGAGCAUCCUCAGGAGGCUGCACAAGAUGCCUGACUACUCUGCAACCUACAUGUCCGUGGAAUUCUAGUGCUUUCAUUUCAUCGAGUAAAUAAAUAUAUACCACCGGUAAAUAGCAGCAGAUAUUUGCUGCCGUGCAUAUAUGAACAUGAUGUUUCAUACAUCAUCUUGUACAUCCGGUCGCAAAAUUUAUCUCAGUAGCAUAUCCAUGAUAUGUUGUAUGAAAUCUUCCAAACGAAAAUGAAAUGAAAUGUCUCACUUUUGUAA